ACACAUUGCAGUGCGUACCGGCGGACGGCCUUGGUUCAAGACCCAGUUUUUUUCUUUUCUUUCUUCGCUUUGAAAACAUGAGCGGUCCAGACCAGAUCGUCCCCUCGCUGGAGACGGUGAAGGAGGUGCUGGCCAAGCAGCAGGGCCCCAAGAAGCCGAACCUUGUCCCUCUGUAUGGCCAGAUAUCCUCAGACCUGAUUACUCCCUCGGCUGCGUACCUCAAGGUUGUGGCUCACACCAAGUCGCCCUAUUCGGUCCUCUUUGAGAGUGCCGCCUCCGAAAAAGUCGGCCGGUAUAGCUUCGUCGGUGCAGGCCCCAGGAAGAUCCUCAAGACAGGCGAGGGCCAUGGCGAGUCUUGCGAUCCCAUCCCUGCCUUGGAGAAGGAGUUGUCGCAAUUUGUCGUAGCAGAUGUGCCUAACCUGAGGUUGCCCCCUCUCACCGGAGGUGCCAUUGGCUACAUAGGAUACGACUGUGUCAGAUAUUUUGAGCCCAAGACUGCUCGGCCGAUGAAGGAUGUUCUCCAGAUCCCGGAAUCACUCUUCCAGUUUUACGACACGAUUGUAGCCUUUGAUCGCUUCUACGGCGUGAUCAAGGUCAUUACCUACUUGAGAGUGCCCAAGAACCCAGCCGACGUCGAUGCCGAGUACGCCAAAGCGACCAAGGUUGUCGAGGACCUCAUCAGGGUCCUCGAGGCCCCUGAGAUCCCCUUGCCUGAACAGGGCCCGGUGCAGCUGGGACGCGAAUCCAAGUCCAACAUCGGUCAGGACGGCUAUGAGGGUCAUGUCAAGAAUCUAAAGAAGCACAUCGUCACGGGCGACAUCAUCCAGGCCGUGCCUUCGCAGCGCUUUGCUCGCCCCACGGACCUUCACCCCUUCAACAUCUACAGACAUCUUCGCACCGUCAAUCCUUCGCCCUACCUAUUCUACAUUGACUGCGAGGAUUUCCAGAUCGUCGGUGCCUCGCCAGAGCUGCUUGUCAAGGCCGAGGAGGGCCGUAUCAUCACACAUCCCAUCGCCGGUACCGUCAAGCGCGGCAAGACGCCCGAAGAGGACGAGCAGCUGGCUAAUGGACUGGCCAACUCUCUCAAGGACCGCGCGGAGCACGUCAUGCUGGUCGACCUGGCCCGUAACGACGUCACACGUGUCUGUGACCCUCUCGAGACCCGCGUCGACAGGCUCAUGGUCGUAGAGAAAUUCUCGCAUGUCCAGCACCUGGUCUCUCAAGUCUCUGGCGUGCUGAGACCAGACAAGACGAGGUUCGAUGCUUUCCGGUCUAUAUUCCCGGCCGGUACCGUGUCCGGCGCUCCCAAGGUCAAGGCCAUGGAGCUAAUUGCCGAGCUGGAGAGAGAAAAGCGAGGAGUCUAUGCUGGGGCGGUGGGAUAUUUCGGGUAUGGAAGUGUCUCGGCCUCGGGCGAAGAAAAGGAGGGAGCAAUGGAUACAUGCAUUGCGCUUCGAACCAUGAUGGUGAAAGAUGGCAUUGCAUAUCUACAGGCUGGUGGCGGUAUUGUCUUCGACUCAGACCCGUAUGAUGAGUGGAUGGAGACCAUGAACAAACUCGGUGCCAACAUGAAGACGAUUGAGUCUGCGGAGCAGAUUUAUGCAAGACGUCAGGCGACAUAGGGCAACGGAACCACAUUGUAGGAGCUGGCCCAGACAAACCUUAAUGUCCUCUUAUUUACUCCUUUGGGUCUCUGUCUCUACGAUCUGAAGUUUAGAUUAUGGGAGCCCGGCGUCAGGCUGGGCAAUUGUUCUGCCAUUGUAGAUACGGUGCUUAUAGACAGACCCUGAAAAGCAGGUGCAAAAAUCCAAUGCUUAUCAAGC